GCUGCAGUUUUGCCAAGAGAGCGAGGGUGCCAUGCUGCUAUCAAUGAGAUUAAGGGCGACCAGGAGAGAAAGGAAGAGAGAGAGGAGGAGGAGGAGGAGGAGGAGGAGGAGGAGGAGGAGGAGGAGGAGGAGGAGGAGGAGGAGGAGGAGGGCAGGGAAAAGCCUAUCCAGGAAGAGGCUUCCACAAGGCCUUCCUCCAUGUCAGCCUUGGCAACAUGGGUCUGAAAGGCUUUGGUGGGUGAGGC